CAGAUUCCAAUAACAUGCUCAAUAAUUUACUUGUAUAUAUACCAUACCAUAACUCCCAAGAUUUGCUUGGAAAAAAGAUAAGUCUGUUUUCUAGUGCACAUUAUAAUUAUAUGGCGGCUGAAGAAGAAAUCCUCAAGCUCUUUCAUACUUGUUGGUUUGAACGAGAAAUACUCAGAUUUUCAGCUAAUGUAACAGCCAAAGAUCAAGUUCAAGAAAAUACUCAUGAAAUUCAAGAAUCAGUAAAUCUCUUGAAGGGAAGAUCACAAAGUGAUUACUGUUUAAGCUUGGAUAAUACAAGUUUUAGUCCACUUGGGAAUUCUCCAACUUCUGUGAUUAUCACACAUAAUAGAAUUCAAGAACCAAUAAAAGUAAGUGACAAGAAGAGGAGAAGGAUUAAAAGGGGAGUUAAGGAAAUUAUUCGAAUUCGGAGAAGCUCAUCGGAUCUUGAACUUGAAGAAUUAAAAGGGUUUAUGGAUUUAGGAUUUGAGUUUAGUGAAGAAGAUAAAAAUUCAAGAUUGGUUAGAAUUGUUCCUGGAUUGGAAAAAUGGGGAAAGAGGGCAGAGGAAAUUGUAGAAAAUAGUGAAAAGAGGGAUGUAAAUUCAAGGCCUUAUCUUUCAGAAUCAUGGGAGAUUCUUGAAAAAAGAAAGAUGACUAAGAAAUUGUUGAAGUGGAGAGUUCCUGCUAUGAACAAUGAGGUAAAUAUGAAAGAUAAUCUCAGAGUUUGGGCUCAAACUGUUGCAUCAACUUUCAGAUAAAACAGAAUAUUUGUACUUUCUCUCCUAUGUUUGUUCCUUUUCUACUUCUUUCUUCCUUUUCAUUUGUACUUCUAAGAAGUCUCGGUGCGGUAAAAAUUACUGCGUGUAGUUAGAAGAUUAUAGGUUCUAGUCGUGAAAAUAACGCCUGCAAAAAUGUAAGAUAAAACUGUUUAUGAUAGACCCAAUAUUGUGCGACUCUUCA